AGUGAGUAUUUUUCGCGCUGGCUGGCCGGAGAGUUUGAGUUUCCCGCAAGCUUUUGAUUCGACUUGAAUGAAAUCCUUCGCUUUACAGGAUGAAUACGGCCAUUAUUUCCCUUUAACCACCGAGAGGAGAUUCAACAGCCCUGUAAGCCUGGAGGGGGUUAGAUGGGAUGGACAGCAUAGGUAGCUCCCUGCCUUCGAUGCCUGAACCAGCCAACCCGAUCAGCAUGAAGCAGCCACCAGAGUCCCUCAGUGUACGGAAAGGUGGGGGGGACAUGAGCAGUGAACCUGCACUACUAAUGGACAAAGCUGCUGCCCAGCUGGCCGCCACACUACAAGACGGUGUCCUUCAGAAGAUGGCUGGCCACAGUCACAACAACCACAGCCACGAGAGGCUCAAAGACCUCACUUCACGCGUGCUCAACGGGGACCAAGAUGCGCUGCCCAAGCUUUGUGCUCCAGAACCACAGAUGAUUAAAGCUGCAGAAGUCCCCGCUACGAAUGGCACCCAUCAGCACAACUGCACUCCUCAUCCUGAACCUGAGCUGAAGGUGACGAUACCGCAGGUGGUCAUGCAGCCGCUGUUCGAGCCAAGCUGUGCCAAUGGCACCAGUUUUGCCACAACAGCCGAAGAAACUAUAUCAGGAUGUGAGAAGAGACAGGACGCGAAGAAAAGAAGGGGGAGACCUCAUAAACCAAAACCUCUACCAAACUCUGGCAUCACUGUGGAAACACUCGACCACACAAACACUGAGGCCGAAACCGGAGAAGCUGAACAGUCUGAUCUCAUCCCGGAGCUGACAGCAGAGGCCCCUGUGCUGAUGAGUUUUUCUGUUGGGGAUCUGGUUUGGACCAAGGUGUCAGGAUACCCCUGGUGGCCUUGCAUGGUGACCACAGACCCCGAGUUCAACAGUCACUUCAAACCGAAACAGAAAGCCAGCAGCAGGUCGGGCCUCCUGUACCAUGUGCAGUAUUUUGGAGACGCUCCGGAGAGAGGCUAUAUAUUUGAGAAGAACAUGGUGUCCUUUACUGGGGAGGAUCAAUACCAGGAGCUUAGUCAGGGCAACAAACAGCCGGCCGCCCGUGUCAUCCACAAAAAGACGGCUCCCUCCGUUCCCCGCAAGCUCCAGGUUCAGUGGAACAUGGGCGUGAUUCAGGCCAAGGAGGCCGUCAGCAUGUCACUGGAUGAGCGCAUGGCGAACUUUGCGUUUCUGUAUGAUGAUGACGGCCCUCACCUGAACCCACACAUCAUGGAGAAGCUGAAACCAGAACCGUGCAGCGCGAUGGAGCAGGAAACAGGCUCCAGGCUCAUCCCGGAUCUGUCAUUGCUGCUGGCGGACCCUGCCAGCGACCCCACAGCUGCCCCUCAGUCCCAAGUCAGCACUUCAACAGGGAAAAAGACACUAGUACCCAAAAAGAAACUCAAAAUGGGAGACUGGCAGAAAAGGGGCAAAGGCCACCUAAAUGAUUUCCUGUUGACCAACGCUGUUUCUUCCAAAGAAAUGCUUCAUCAGCAGCCAGACUCACAGGAUCCCACCACUUCUGCACCAGAUUUACAAGCUGCAUCAGUCAUACCUCAGAAGAAAAAGAGGAGACCCCGACAGGCUCAGUCUACCACCAAGACUGUGAGGAGAAGGAAAAAAUCCCCAGCGGACAACAAAACCUCUGCCCCUGUGAGGAAAAGGAAGCCCAAGCUGGUUUCUUCGACAGAAGAUGUUUUGGAGCCAGUCUUGCUUCCAGUUUCAGUUCCAGGUGAAAAAGUGAAGAGAAGACGAAAGAAAAAGACUCCUGAUGAGCAGACGGCUGAUCCCUCAGUCAAGAGGCAGCGGAAGAAGAAAAGGCCACUAACAGAUGAUGAUGCUGCUGCUGCAGAGAAAGCUCUGCAGCCUAAAAAGAGACGCAGAACAAACAAAGAUGCUGAAAAACAGGCCUCCGCUUCAGACGGAACGGAGAAAAAGCAAAGAAGAAGGAAGAAAACUGACAAAGACGUGAAAGAACCCAAGAGACGGCGGAAAAAGUCAACCGCCCUCCUCACUGAGGAACAAGACGCAGAGAAACCAAAGCGUAGGAGGAAAAGGAAGCGGGAUGGAGAGAACCAGGCGACGCCCUCCAAGGUGAAGAAGAGGCGGUCCUCGCUCUGUCUUGAUCCCGAGGGCUCUGGGAGUGAAGAACGUCCCGAUUCUCCGAGUGACAGUUUAGACGGGACGAAGAAGGGCGAGCGGAAGAAAGAGUUCGUCUGCCAGACGUGUGAGCAGGCUGGUGAGGACCUGGUCCCGUGUGAAGGGCAGUGCUGCGGGAUGUUUCACCUCCACUGUCUCGGUCCGUCACUCAAACCUGACGAGAAGCUGCUGUGUCAGGAGUGCAGCACAGGAAAGCACUCGUGUUUCCACUGUAAGCAGUCGGAGGGCGACGUGCGUCGCUGCCACGUCCAACACUGCGGCAAGUUUUACCACGAGGCGUGCAUCCGCCUCAACCCCCUCACUGUGUUCGACAAUAAGGGCUUCCGCUGUCCGCUCCACACCUGCCUCGGCUGCCACUACGGGUCCCGUACCAAGCACAAGGCCGCCAAAGGCAGGUUGAUGCGUUGCUUGCGCUGCCCUGUAGCGUACCACGUGGGUGACCUGUGUGUGGCUGCAGGCAGUGAGAUGAUCACCAACACCGCCAUCAUCUGCACCAACCACUUCAAUGCCAAGAAGGCCUACAGCCACCACAGUCACGUCAACGUCAGCUGGUGCUUCGUCUGCUCCAAAGGAGGGCAGCUGCUGUGCUGUGAAUCUUGUCCAGCAGCUUUUCAUCCCGACUGUCUUAACAUCGCUAUGCCUGAUGGGAGCUGGUUCUGCAACGACUGCCGGGCCGGAAAGAAACCGAAAUACAGGGACAUCAUCUGGGUCAAACUGGGAACAUACAGAUGGUGGCCUGCAGAGAUCCACCACCCCAGAAACAUCCCCACCAACAUCCAGCACCUUCGGCAUGAGAUCGGAGAGUUCCCCGUCUUCUUCUUCGGCUCUAAGGACUAUUUCUGGACUCACCAGGGCCGAGUGUUUCCUUACAUGGAGGGAGACCGAGGCAGCAAGCACCAGAGGAACGGCAUCGGGAAAGUCUUCAAGAAUGCUUUGUUGGAGGCUGAAGCUCGAUUCAAGGAGAUAAAGAUUAAACGAGAAGCUAAAGAAGCACAACAGAACAGCCGAAAACCACCCCCGUACAAAUUUAUCAAGGUCAACAAACCCUUCGGAAGGGUUCAGGUCUACACCGCAGACAUCUCCGAGAUCCCCAAGUGUAACUGCAAGCCGACGGACGAGAGGCCGUGCGGGUUCGAGUCCGAGUGUCUGAACCGCAUGCUGCAGUACGAGUGCCACCCUCAGGUGUGUCCCAGCGGGGAGCGCUGCUGUAACCAGGACUUCACCAAACGUCUCUACCCCGACACCAAGAUCAUCAAGACGCCCGGCAAGGGCUGGGGCCUGAUCAAUCUGCGGGACAUCAAGAAGGGUGAAUUUGUGAACGAGUACAUCGGAGAGCUGAUCGACGAGGAGGAGUGCAGGGCGAGGAUCAAGUACGCCCAGGAGAACAACAUCACAGAUUUCUACAUGCUCACCAUCGACAAGGACCGGAUCAUCGACGCUGGUCCGAAGGGAAACUACUCUCGCUUCAUGAACCACAGCUGUCAGCCCAACUGUGAGACGCAGAAGUGGACGGUGAACGGCGACACUCGGGUCGGUUUGUUCGCCGUCCGUGACAUCCCCGUAGGUACUGAACUGACCUUCAAUUACAACCUGGAUUGUCUCGGGAAUGAGAAGACGGUGUGUCGCUGCGAUGCUCCAAACUGCAGCGGGUUUCUUGGUGAUCGACCAAAGAACUCCAACGGCCAAACAGCCGAGCCAAAAGGGAAGAGGGUGAAGAGAAAGUAUAAAAAGAGGAAAUCUGAGGGAAAGAAGAAGUCUGACGACGAGUGUUUCCGCUGCGGGGACGGAGGUCAGCUGGUGCUCUGCGACAAGAAGACCUGCACCAAAGCUUAUCACCUGACCUGCCUGAACCUCACCAAGAGACCCUUUGGACGCUGGGACUGUCCCUGGCACCAUUGUGACGUCUGCGGGAAAAACUCGGAGGCCUUCUGCCAGCUCUGCCCCAACUCCUUCUGCAAGGCUCACCAGGAGGGGGCGCUGCGUCCCUGGCCCGCCACAGGACAGCUGUGCUGUCUUGAGCACGACGAGCUGGAAGGACCGGACAGCCAGGAUCAAGGCGUCGGCGGCGAGACGAAUCCAACGACCGCCACUACUGCCGUCACCGCCAGCCGUCCUAAAGGCUCCAGGAAGGCAGACGGAGCCGAGGCCAAAACGAAGGGCUCCAAGAGGAAAGCAGCAGAGGCCUGAAGUGACCUUUGACCUCCCAGAGAGCCGGAAGACCAAACUAGACUCUUAACACCUGCUUCCCCUCCCGUUCACAAACAAAAAAAUAAACCCCUCGUACUGUCAUUAAAGCAAGGCACUGUACAUCUUCGUCAUCAGGGAACGCCGCUGAUCUCUCACGUGCUCGGCAAACGCCUCCAGCUCACUGCUCCAACACGUCACGUUUUUAUUUUUAUUUUAUUUUCUAACAUUUUCAGGUUUCGUUUUCUCUCAUCUGCACUGAGUCGAACCAUCUGUGGUAAAGCACAACGCAGCCAAGCGAGUGCAGGUCAGGAAACUUCAGUUCCACCAAACAAAACACCUUUUUUUAUUAUUAUUAUUAUUAUUAUUAUUUUAUUUAGUUUCACUGUUUUCUUUUCUUUUUUUUUUUGUCUUUCUAGCAUAACAAAAAGAAACCAGUUUGUUUGUGCAGCCGAGCGUCGUCGUCUGCUAACUUGAAUCUCAGUCAGCCCCCUUUUCUCUCUCAACACGGAUGAUCUUGAACAGCAGAGUUUUAUAGCUAUAUCUAUAUAUGUGUAUAUCAAAGACCAAAAUUAUGAUUACUGGAAUAGUGUAAGACAUCAAACAGGUUGCCAAAUGGAUUGUUUUUAUUUUUAUAUAUAGUGUAUAUAUGCCAGAUGUAAUAUCGAAGACACUAUGGAUAGGCCUCAGAUGACCUCUUCUCUUCUGUUUCGUAGCCAUAGGUUACAUUUAACUGUAGACAUUUGUUUAAUAUUUUACAACCUGUAAUUUUUGUUUUAGCUCAGUUUUACUGUUUAGAUUUUUUUUUUUUUUUUUUUUAAAUAAUAAUAUCGGCAUGCUGAACGAUGGCAACACAACCCUGCCUGUCCAGAGAACGAGGGAUUACAGAAAGUACAACACCGAGGGCGCGUUUUUCUUUUUUUAAACAGCCGCCUGACGUAAAAACACUACUGGGAGGUCUUGAACGCUCUGCUCGAUGUUUAAAAAUGAAGGAAAACGGGGAGAUCUUCUUCUUGAACGUUGCUCUGAGCUGAGUUUUGAAUCCGAACCUUAAAGGUGCUGUUUAAUUUUUUUUUUUUUUCUUUCUCCACUGAAGUAUCUGAAAAUCUUAAAAGGUACAAAGAUUUUACUCUGUAUAACUGUACACAUCAUGCUGAUUCAAAGUCUGAAGGUCUUUCAGUGUCACAUUUAUUGAUGAUGAUGAUUUCAUUGAGUAGUUGAUCAGGUUGUUUAAAAAAAAAAAGAAAGACCUCGACUUUUUUUUAUUCCUCAGGAGGUUUUUAGUCUCUAAACUGCAUCCUGCCUGUUGUUGACUUGAACGCAGGCUAACGGCACACUGGCUAACAACUCGUAACUGCAAUUUCUGGUGAAUAUUUCAUAUUGUGUACAAGACGUGAAGCAUAACAAAGACAGAUUAGGAAACUAUCGUAGAGUACGGUGGCCAUUUUGGAACACGUCAGCCUCACGUGUUCUGACAGUGUGACGCUGCCUUUAUGUUGAUUGAAGUCACUAAAAUUAGUUGUUUUGAUAUUUAACCCAGAGCUGCACUAAACUAACAUUUUCAUCCCCAGCUGACAAAUUAUUUAAAACUAGAAAUUCUCUUAUUCUGGCUUCUAAAUGUGACAUUUCUUUUUGAAUAUCAGGAUGUCACUGAGCUUUGUGAAAUCUAAUCUGAGACUUAAAGACCAACAAAUUAAUCGGGCAGAUUGAUCAGUAAUGAUUGUGAUCAUCUGUUAACGGCGUCACGCUCGUAGUACUACUGUCGUCAAACACUCACACGUUGAUCUUCCAGGUGUCGAUGUGCUACUUUAACAGAUCUAAUCAACUGAGACUCGUAACUUUGGAAAAUAUAGAUUGAUUACAUGAUGAAGCAUUAACAAACUAAACCUGGAGACGGUUAGCGAUCAUGCAUGCCAGAUAAUUUCUUUAACGAAGUUCACAAAUCGACCCGUGCGUCACAAUGUGAGGACAGUUUAUGGAAGCAAUCUUGUUUAACGUGAUGCUCCAUCGAGUGACGCCUGAUGUCGAUACUAAACGAUUCCUGCAUACGUUCACGAUCAGCAAAUCUAUUUUAAAGGUCGUUGUCGAGUAAAGUCGCUGCUACGACCAACAGCAGACGUGUUUGAUCCCCUAAACUGACUUCUGUGUUACGUGUUCCCUAAAUCGAUGAGCCGAACAGACUGCAGCUGUAAUUUUAAAAAGAUAAAAAUGUAGAUCUGAGAUUUGGAAAAAAGUCUGAAAUGUCCUAAAAUGGCCGCCACACUAGCAGCUUUGACACCAUGUCAGACGCCCGUUGAUGACGCAUGAUUGCAGGUUUGGGGGGGAAACAAAGAUGGCCGUCGUAGUUCUUUCACAGUAUUGGGGAGUUUCCAGUUUUGCCAUCAGUGAUUUAUUCUAUGCUUCUCAAAAUUUAGCUGUUAUAUUUAAAGUCUGUUCUGCAUCAAGAGUUAAUCAUCUGCCUCAGUUUUUUGUUGUUGUUGUUCACGAGGCUACACAAACAUCUCGUGCUUUUUUUAUUUCAUGUUUCACAACUUUCAUCCUCAGAAUCUCUUCAAACAGGCGGCUUGUUCUCGGACUGUUAAAGCCACUAUCGGUGCUUUUUUUUCUUCAACGUUUCUACAAAACAAACCAGAGUUGUACAGACGCAACAGGAGGCCAUUUUUUUUGUUUUUUUUUUAUAUCUGCACCUUUUGUUUUUUUGGGGGGGUUUUUUUUCCCCAGGGCGUGUGAAUGCGACAUGUCCAAGAGGUGCAGCGAGACUCGUACGAGUAUUUUUCGACUUUGUGUGUAUCCUAACCUUGUGUUGAGUGAAUGUAGUUCAGCCAGUUAUUUUUAUAAGCACUGUAAUUCCCUGUAGAGCUCAAAGUGUUAAUGUGUGCGUAGGGGUUUCCUUCUGUAACUACUGUCAUAGUAAACCAGAGACUAAUAUGUACAUAAUGUAUAAGUGGUAAUAGUGAUGCAUCUAUUUGUAAAUAUCAUACAAUUUCUCUGACAUUGUAUGUUUUUUGUUUAAGGUUUUUUUUUUUUUUUUUUUUUUUCUUGUUGCAGUGCUGAAACACUUUUGUGCAGGAUCUCACUUCUGUUGAAUCGUGCAAUAAAAAGUGACCAAACAUGCAACUUCUGUCGUCCAGUUCUGAUCUUUGCUU